CUUUGGAAUUCCCGUCCAAAAAACAAAAACAUUCAAGUUUCGACCUUCGACUUUACAUUUUUCAAUUCAAUUCAAUUUAAAUUAUCUCUAAUUUUCUGUUACUCUUGCCCGCUUCGAUACCUCUGCUUACCAACUCUCAAAAAUUACCUUCACAUUACACCCUGUACGUCGCUGAGUCCUCCCCCCACCUGCACCUCAGCAAACACCAAUACAGUACUAUAAAUAAAUGAGCGGCGCUGGCCAGCAGAACGUCUUUGGCAUACCGUCGUCGUCGCGUGGACGGGGGCAAGGAGGUACGCGCGGGCGCGGGCGUGGGUACAACGGGAAUUCCAGCUGGUCUGAGCGCAAGCAGCAGCAGCCGUUUGGCGGAGAGCCUGGCGACGACCAAAACUCACUAAAUUCGUUUUUUCCCGGACAGGGCGAGGCAGAGGACCAGGGCAGCUACGUGAACAACCUCGAGGACAAGUACGAGGACGUACGGCAGAUCGACGAAAUUGACAGCAAGAUGGGUUUCCCACGGCAUCAGCAGGGGCCGGUGCGCCUCGGAUGGCUGGUGAAUAUGCACGCGACCUCAGUGGUCGACGAGGAGCGCAGCUCGACAAAGGCCGCCGUAGACUUUUACUUUCUCGAACAGGACGGCGGCUCGUUCAAGUGCACGCUUCUGUACAGGCCGUACUUCUACGUCGUUUGCGUGGCGGGUACCGAGGGCGAGGUCGAGGAGUGGGCGGUGCGCAAGUUCGACCGGCUCGUGGACUACGUCGAGACCGUGGACCGCGAGGACCUGCGUAUGGCCAAUCAUCUGACGGGGCGCAAGCGGCGGCUGGUUAAGCUGGGAUUCCGCAAUGUGCAAGACCUUAUGUCUGUGCGCCGCGAGCUGCAACCGAUUAUGCGGCGGAACGAGAAGCGCAGCGACCUGGUGCACGCGUACGCGGAGGAGGGCGACGUGGGGAUGCGCGAUGUUGAGGACUCGAUUCUAGAAAUGCGCGAGUUCGACGUGCCCUACUACUUGCGCGUGGCCAUCGACAAGAAUAUCCGCGUCGGGCUCUGGUACGACGUCACAGCGGAGGCGGGCGAGAUCACAUUGACGCGCCGCGAGGAUCUCGUACAGCGAGCCGACCCGGUUGUGCUCGCGUUUGAUAUUGAGACAACCAAGCUGCCGCUCAAGUUCCCGGACGCCAAUGUGGACAUGAUCAUGAUGAUCUCGUACAUGAUCGACGCGCAGGGGUACCUGAUCACCAACCGCGAGGUGGUGUCCGAGGACAUUGAGGACUUUGACUAUACGCCGACACCCGAGUUCCCUGGGCCCUUCAUUAUCUUCAACGAGCCUGACGAGGCAGCGGUCAUCCGGCGGUUCUUUGAGCACAUUCGCGAGGCCAAGCCCACAGUGCUGGCGACGUACAACGGCGACAUGUUUGAUUGGCCGUUUAUUGAUACGCGCGCGGCGCACUACGGUAUGGUUUUGCGCGACGAGGUUGGCUGGUACCGCGACGAGGCCGACGAGUACAAGAGCCGCAGCUGCGUGCACAUGGACUGCUUGCGGUGGGUCAAGCGCGACAGUUACCUUCCCGUCGGCAGCCAAGGCCUGAAGGCCGUGACAACGGCCAAGCUGGGCUACAACCCGAUGGAGAUUGACCCAGAGGACAUGACACGGUUCGCCGCCGAGCAGCCACAGACGCUUGCGCAGUACUCCGUAUCGGACGCCGUGGCCACAUACUACCUGUACAUGAAAUACGUGAACCCGUUCAUCUUCUCGCUAUGCAACAUUAUCCCGCUGAACCCAGACGAGGUGCUGCGCAAGGGCUCGGGUACGCUGUGCGAGACGCUACUAAUGGUCGAGGCAUUCAAUGCGGAGGUGGCUAUCCCCAACAAGCACGCCGACCCGCCGGAGCGCUCGUGGGACGGGCACCUGAUCGAGACCGAGACGUACGUCGGCGGCCACGUCGAGGCGCUGGAGGCUGGCGUCUUCCGCAAGGACAUACCGAUGCACUUCCGCGUCGACCCCGAGGGCGCGCAGCGGCUGCUCGACGAGCUGGACCGUGCAUUGCAGUUCAGCAUCGAGGUUGAGGGCAGGCUAAAGAUGGAGGACAUUGAUAACUACGACGAGGUGCGGUCGCAGAUCGCCGGGCGGCUAACAGACUUGCGCGAUACACCCGUGCGCAGCGAGUCGCCCCUGCUGUACCAUCUGGACGUGGCCGCUAUGUACCCAAACAUCAUCCUGACCAACCGCCUGCAGCCCGACGCCAUUGUCGAUGAAUCCGUAUGCGCGUCCUGCGACUUUAACGUCCCUGGAAAGGACUGCGACCGCCGGAUGCCAUGGCUUUGGAGGGGAGAGUUCUUCCCGCCCAAGCGCAGCGAGGUCAACAUGCUGCGCAACAAGCUGCACAGCGAGCUGUUUCCGCCCGACGCGCGCGCGCGCCCAGGCGCACCUCUGCGCACGUACGAGCAGCUGCCGGUGACCGAGCGCGCGGCCGAGCUGAAGCGCCGCGUAACAGACUACUCGAAGAAGGUGUAUCACCGGCUGCGCGAGAUCAAGGUCGAGGAGCGCGAGGCCAUGAUCUGCCAGCGCGAAAACCCGUUCUACAUUGACACCGUGAGGAACUUUCGCGACCGCCGCUACGUCUACAAGGGCCUGCACAAGAAAGAGAAGCGCAAGCUGGACGACGCCAUGGCUGCUGGCGAUAGCACACUGGUGGAUGCCAGUCGUAAGCUCAUUGUGCUGUAUGACUCGCUGCAGAUGGCCCACAAGUGCAUUCUUAAUUCGUUUUACGGGUAUGUUAUGCGCAAGGGCGCGCGCUGGCACUCGCUGGAGAUGGCCGGUGUCGUGUGUCUGACGGGCUCGCGCAUUAUCCAGAUGGCGCGCCAGCGUGUCGAGCAGAUGGGACGUCCGCUGGAGCUUGAUACGGACGGCAUUUGGUGUGCGCUGCCAUGCACGUUCCCCGAAAACUACUCGUUCAAGCUGAAAGAUGGCAAGGGAUCGUUUGGUAUCUCGUAUCCUUGCACCAUGUUGAACCACCUGGUCUUUGACAAGUUCACCAACCACCAGUACCAGGACUUGGUGAAUACAGAGACGCACGCAUAUGAGACACACUCUGAGAACUCGAUCUUCUUUGAGGUCGACGGCCCGUACCGCGCGAUGAUCCUGCCGUCGAGUAAGGAGGCGGACAAACUGUUGAAGAAGCGCUACGCCGUGUUCAACGACGACGGGUCUCUGGCAGAGCUCAAGGGAUUCGAGGUCAAGCGCCGCGGUGAGCUCAAGCUGAUCAAAAUUUUCCAGUCGCAGAUCUUCAAGGUGUUCCUUGAGGGCCGCACGCUGGACGAGUGCUAUGGCUCCGUGGCCAAGGUCGCUGACCAAUGGCUGGACAUUCUCUUCAGCAAGGCGCGCGGGUUGCCGGACAACGAGCUGUUUGAUCUGAUUACGGAGAACCGCAGCAUGAGUAAAGCGCUCGAGUCGUACGGCAGCAUGAAGUCGACGUCGAUCUGCACGGCGCGCAGGCUGGCCGAGUUCCUGGGUGACGAGAUGGUCAAGGAUAAGGGCCUGGCGUGCAAGUUUGUGAUCUCGAAGCAGCCGCUCGACAUGCCCGUGUCGGAGCGCGCCGUGCCAGUUGCCAUUUUUUCGGCCGACCCAGCCACAAAGCGGCAGUUCCUGCGGCGCUGGCUGCGCGACCCGGCGCUCGAGGAUGCCGAUAUCCGCGAGAUCCUCGACUGGGACUAUUACCUCGAGCGCUUCGGCAGCGUCAUCCAGAAGCUCAUCACCAUUCCGGCGGCCAUGCAGGGCGUGUCUAACCCGGUGCCGCGCAUCCGUCAUCCAGACUGGCUAGCCAAGCGAGUCAGCGCGGCGCUGAACAAGAACAAGCAGCGGCACAUCACCGACGUGUUCAAGCGAGUGUCCAAGGAGGAGUAUUUGCGGAAGGCCGCUGAGGAGGACUCGAAGAUGGUCGUCGAUCAAAGCGGCGACAUGGAGGACUUUGGCAUCCCUGGCAUUAAUAGUGGCGGCAGCAGCUCUAGCGCCAUGUCUAAGCCCAAGACAGGCAUGUUCCGCAAGGCUGCCAACAAGCGCAAGCGCGACCCCAGGGACACGUUGGAGGGCAUUACCGAGCAGCUCGCUGAUUUGGGCUUGGCGCCCGACCCGUCCGCGGGAUAUGCGCCAUGGCUUGCGCACUCAAAGCAGGUCUGGGCGCUCAAACGCAAGCUGCGUGCGAUGCGCAUCAAGGCGAUCGCGAAUGGCGACAAUCUGCCUGAAGACAGUCAGCAGGCGGCCGCCCAGGGACCGAUGCCAGUGGGCCAGUUCUUCACACGCUCCCACGUGUCCCUGUCGCUUGGCGUCUGGCACGUGCUGCAGUGGACCGAGACGGACACCCCGGGAGAGCUUAAAGCGUGGGUGUGGAUUGGCGGGCAGCUGCACGGCGUGCGCGUAUCGGUACCGCGCACCCUGUAUGUGACGUCGAACGUGCCGAGCCAGGAGAUCUCCGGCAGCAAGUUUUUCGCCGAGGCCAAGUCCAUGGUGCUCCCGCGUGCCAGCUACAUACUGCAGUCGACGCAUUUGUACAAGUGCGUUAUGUCUGAAGCCGAGUACAUUGGCUUUCAGAGCAGCUGGAGCUCGUUCUUUGCGCACCCCAGUAUUGGUGGCGUGUACGAGACGGAGAUUACGCCGAUGGACCGAGCGCUGAUCCAGCUUGGGGCUACGGCGUGGCUGGGCUCGGCUGCCAAGCUGCAGGGCGUCGGCCGCAGCAUGACUGAUGUUGUUUCGCUGGACGAUCUGGAGACGAGGCGCAGCUCACUGACCCCCCCGCACGGCAUUGCUAGCCAGAUGUGGAGACCGCGCGACAUUGCAUACGCACUGCUCUACCAUACCAGCUCGCAGGAUGGCCGUCAAUUCUUUUCCCUGGUCCUGCCCUACGCCGCGCGCGGCCACGUCUGGGUGGUCAACACCGGACAGCAGGCUGUGCAGCUGCAGAUCCCUAAUCUCGAGCGCCUGUAUCGCGAGAGCUACGCCGCUGCGCGCGCUGCGCAGCUGGAGGCCCAGGGCGGCGGUGAUAGCGGCGGCAUUGGCAUUGAUGACGGUGCAUUUUCGUAUCCCGAGACGAUCGAGUUUUCAUCGCUGGCAUUUUCGACCGCCCAGGCGGCUUACCGCUCGAUCAACGCGGCGCUGGCCAAGUGCGUCGACGAGAAGCGCGGGCCCGUUAUCCUUGCCUACCAGUCGCCGCAGCCCAUCCGGCACCUACAGUCCAACAUGCGGUCCCUCGCCGAGUUCCCGACGGUUGCCAUGCCCGUGCACCAGGCCGACCGCACGCUGCCGGCCUUUGACUGGCAGCGCCACGCGUGCCGGCGCAUGGUGGCCAGCCUGCUCAACUGCUCGCAGUGGGUGGACGAGCGCAUAGCGCUGGCGCAAUACGCUGACGUGCCGCUGGGCAACAUUCCGGCGGAUGCACCGCUGUUCCUCGCCGACGUGUUCUUUGCGCGCAAGCUCUCCUUGUCCAAGCACAUUCUCUGGUGGUCGCCCAGCAGCAAACCCGAUUUGGGCGGGCGGCAGGACGAUGAGUUUUCCAACAUGUCAGUUGACGGCGCCGAUUUCUUGAGCGGCUUCUCGACAUCCGUCGAGAUCAACACGCCUGGGAGCUACAGCUCGACGUGCGCAGAGAUUGAGCUUAAGGGGCUGGCGGUCAAUACGAUUCUCAAGGCGCCGUUGGUCAACGAGAUUGAGGGUGCAAUGGGCGUUUUUGGGUUUGACAGUAUGACGGGCGACGCCACCCGCGAGGCCGCAGCUGUCCUGCUGGGCGACGACGACGCCGCCACCGGUCAGCCGAGUACUCUGGCAUCCGCCACUGCCACGGCCAACAGCAGCGAUGCGCCCAAGCACAAGAAGGGCAAGGGCGGCGCAGCUCCGGGCGGCAAUUCCGCUGCGACCGCGCUUGCCAAGAACUCAUGGCUUGCGACCUCCGGCGCUGAGGGCAACGUGCCUGUCACGACGUUCCAGCUCCUGCGGUCCUUGCUGCGUGGAUGGUGCCAGGAGAUCGAGGAGCGCCAGAACCCGUUUGCCGAAAUGAUGACCGAGCACUUCUACCGCUGGCUGACCCGCCCCAACUCACGCCUCUAUGACCCAGCGCUUGCCUACCUUGUGCGCUCGCUCAUGCGCAAGGUGUUUUUGCAGAUGAAGGCUGAGUUCCGCAAGCUUGGCGCCAAGAUCGUCUAUGCCAAUUUGGACAAGCUCAUCAUCACCACGGGCAAGUCAUCUGUGCUCGCGGCCCAGGCGUCCAUCGCGUACAUUGCCAAGGCCAUUGUUGAAAAACCUCUGUUCGAGAGCAUAUCGCUGGCGCCCUUGCAGUACUGGACCUUCUUGCUCUGGAUGAAUGCGUCUAACUAUGGCGGAAUCGUCACUCAGCAGCAGCAGGCCAUUGUCGCAGCGGGCGACGGGGGUUCUGGCGCUGGCGGCGAGCCGCGCAUUGAGAUGCUGUGGAAUAUGAAGGAGUACUUGCCGCCGCUCGUGCAGAGCCAGUUUGAGCUCACCGUGGCUGAGUUCAUAUACAAGCUGGCCAGCUUUCACAGCCAGCUGCGCGCCAAGGCCCCGCAUCUGGCGCACAGCAGCGCAGGCGGCGACGCCACUGGCUCCAGGCAGAACGAGGCCAUCGAGGACAUGGACUCUGAUGACAACGAGGGCGGCGGCAGCAGCGUCCUGCGCAAGGCCAAGGGCAAGCCUGCGGCAGAGUCAACAACAGCAGUGAAGGGUUCGUUCUACAGGCGGCUGAUUGGCCAGUACUUUACGCGCAAACUCCUCGAGGCCGUACCUGAGAUCCGCGAAGCCUGCAGUUCAGCGCACUGCAACGACCCCAAUGCCCAAUUCCCGCGCCUGCCCGGAUCCAAACUGCAUCUGCCCAACUCCCAGGCGCAGGCAGCGCUGGAGUUUGUAAAGUACAUUUCGACAGUGUUUUCGCUUGAUGUGCCGGCGACCAACUUUGUGCGCGUCAUGCGGCGUAAUUUGCUGGCGCUUUUGGAGGUCGGCGAGUUUUCCGACGAGUCGCAGUUUGUCAACCCCUGCGAGCGCCUGGUGCUGGCCCGCGUUGUUUGCGAUUUCUGCAAUUUCUGCCGUGAUAUGGACUUUUGUCGCGACGCUGAUCUCCUGCCCACCCAGGCAGUCUCCAGUGACAGCGACGGGGCCUCUGUGCAGUUCGCCGCGCCCGAGUGGCAGUGUCUGGGCUGCGGCAGCUCCUACGAUCGGGUGCGUAUCGAGGAGCGGCUCAUUGAGCAGCUGCAGUCGCUCGUGUUGGCGUAUCAGAUGCAGGACUUGGUGUGCUCAAAAUGCCGGCUGAUGAAACAGGAUAACUUUUCGCUGCAGUGUACUGGGUGCGCUGGCAAAUACAAAACGGUUAUGUCGGCGGAUUCGCUGCGCGUGCAGAUCGAUGUCUAUGCGGAUGUUGCGGUGAUGAAUAGGCUGCCAAUGUUGGUGGAUUUGGCAAAGUGGGCGCAGGAGCAUACGCGAGCGCCCGCUGCCAAGGUCAAGCACUGAGUGUAAAGGCUUUCGGUCUUUGGUUCUGUUUUUUGUUCGAAUAUGGACAUUUUGCUCUCGCCCGGGUCUAUUUCUUCUGACCUGCCCACAAUACGGUCUUUGGCGUUGGGCAGUUUGUGCGUUUAUAAAUUUGAAGUGUUAAAUUUUUACGCAUUUAUAUAUAUAAUUUUUUUUUGCU